CGGAGAGCGGACGAGGGGAAGAGCGAGCGGCGGAGACACGCGGAGACAGUCGGUGCGCUGCACGCUGCCAGACGGAGCCUCUGACCAUGUGGAGUCCAUCGUCCUUCCUCCUCCUCCUGAUUCUGGAGCUGAGUCCACGGCCAGGUGACUUCCAGGGAGCCAGUCAGUUCAAAGUUUGUCCGGAAUGCAAAAAGUUACUUCCGGAAAAAGAUGUGAAGCCAGCGUUCUAUCAGAUUCUGGUUAGAAAAGCGAUUUAUACAGAGUGCCCAAACAACAUCAUCAGAUUUCAGCUGCCAAAAGGAGGAAUCUUCUGUGGCGAGAAAACUGAAUCAUGGGUGAACAACGUCACCAAUUGCAUUAAACAGGAUAGAGAUUCUUGCCUACAGCAGUCUGAGAGUCAAAAAGAUUUUUCCAAAGGCUCCAACGAGAAACCACCUAUAACCAUGCUUGAAACUACAACAUCUACAGCCGGGUCCACACAGACCUGGAAAGGAGGAACAUCGAAACCUUCAGAAGAGAUUUACACCACACAGAAAAUCCUAGAGACCACGAUAGGUCUCUCCAUCACUAGCCCGGAUUCAGAACAGCAAAACAACUUACUGCAAGGUAAUGAACCUUCAAUCGAUCAGCCCAAUGAGAAGAGCAAAAUGAAACAAAUGACGAUAGCCAUUGUCUCAUUACUUUUAAUUGUCCUGGUAAUGACGUCUGUUGGAGUGUAUGUUUGGUGCCGAAAAGUGAGGUUCUCUGAAUGUAGGAGACCUUUCCAAGAAAGAACUGUGAUGUACCAACCAGCACCUUCAGAGGACAAAAUAGAGCCAGGACCAUGACGUCUAGAUGGUGAAAUCACUAAAGGCACCUUGUUUUCUAGUAGAUUAGUCUACAAAUUGCUGAUUGGUUCCAGAUUGGCUUGCACUGACUUCCUCUUACUCAUAUAUGGUUAUUAUUUUCAUUUUUGCAAUUCUAUUCAUAGGAAAGUUAGGACUGAGUCACCUGGGAGGAGCUUUAAACACAAAUUCUUGAUCAUCAUUUUCUACUGUGAGGUUUCUACAGUAGCCAGAUGAUCAGCUCUGUCAGUGCAGAAGCUCUCUCUACCUCUAACACAGCAGGAAGUCUCAGCACAAUCUCAAGAAAACCAACCAUGAACUGAAACCACCUCCUCCAACACUCAACCAGCUUCGAAAAUACCAUCAGCAAACACUUCUAUACUCAGAAAGGCCAGUUAUAGUUCUGAUUGACAGGAUUUUCACCGAGGGGGAUGCAGACACAGAAAAUCUAUCAUUAUAUUUGCUGCCUACAACUCCCUUCAAGGCUUGCUAUAGCUCUUAGAGAUGACCCAAAUAAGGUGAUUGAUAGCCCUGUAAUAAAGGGCUCAUUCAUGGACAGCUGUGACGAUACCUGGACAUCUGUCAACUUCGGGAUCAAAGUUCAGAAUAAGGAAGCUGAUGACGGUUUCCACCCAGUCUCAUUUUAUCAGUAUAGACAUGAAGGAGUUGAACAUUGUUCUCACCACUGAGUGUCCUGCGGUGUCUGAACUGAUUCAACUUCUCUUUUUUCUUCAGAGGGAAUUUUUUGGUAUCAUAGGACCGGUCUUGUGGGACUAUAAUGAUGUCACCAUUGUCAUUGUGAAACAGAAACUUCUCUAAAAACAAACAAAAAAACAUUUCACCAUCUAAAGGUCUACCACGAUGAAUUUGAGGACCUGAUUUAGGGGUCUUGCACACAACCGUAUGCCCUCCGAGACAUAAGGUCAGUGAGCAGGCCAUAUGUCCCGGAGCGGCAUUGAGUGCAAGGGCCCUUAUUCACAUUGUUUCGGUAUACAUUAAGCAUUUUUUGUGGUUUUGACGACUUACUUUCUAGUUCAUUCUCCUGCAGAUUAUUCUACAUCAUCAAGUUGCUGUUGAUGGAUCUGUUAUUCUUAAGUUUAUAAUGGUGCCCUGUUAGACACUGGCUGUGCUUCUUACAUCUCAUUAGCACCUUAAUAACCCCAAUUGUCCUGAUCAUUAAAAGGGUUUUUCGAGUUUUAGAUAUUGAUGGCCUAUCCUCAGGCUAGGUCAUCAGUGUCUGAUCGGUGGGGUCCGACUCCUCAGCUUUUUGUAGAGAUCAUAGUACCCUGGUCAGAGCUGCUGUAACCAUAGGGCAAAUGGUGCACAUGCAGUGGGCCCCGUUGGGCCAUGAAGACGCAAAGACAAUUGUCAAUUUGGAGCAAGAGAACAUCUGCUGCAUGUCCCGUUACUGCUCCAGGGGAUUGAGCCUGAACCAGAGUGGUAGGGAACAGCUGGCAGGUCUAAGGGGUGGGGGCUUCACUGCUCUUCAUUCAGGAUCUGGAUUCGCUGCUUUUAUCGGGCUGCAGGACUUCAGCCGUGGAUUUACAGAUGCAAAAAUGCCAGGUUAGAGAGCAGUGGAUGGUUUAAAGGGUUGACACUGCACAGGGAACAAGGCAACCGAUGGAGGUUCCCAUCCAUUCAACUUUUAGAACAUGUCCCAUUCUAGAACUAUAAUUAUACGUUUUGGUGGAGAGUCAUUGACCAAAGGGUCAGAAAGGAACACAUUACUCCGUCCUUGAAGGAAAACGCAUGAUUUUAACCCCUUAUUUUUGGAAAUGUUUGUAUAUGUCUUCUGUUUUAAGAAGGAAAUUUAUGAUGCCAUAGGACAGUGUGUAAAUGUCGUGUUCUUGUUUUUUUUACAUCAAAGUCAAUAAAACUGUUUAUUGAAAGCCA